AUUUACAACAUGGUUGCUUAGAAAUUAGACGCUGUCUGUGCUUUUCCACUAAAUGGCGGUUUUUUGAACGUGCAGAGCCCGUGAAACUAUGCAGUGACUUCUCAAACCAGUUUUGUUAUGCUAAAGAUGUUUUCUCUGACAGAUAUUCCGCCUGGACCCACUGAUAUCGGAGAAAUUCUUGUGAAGGUAAGCAUCUUUGUGAUUCAAGGAUUAACAACUUGAAUCACAAAAACAUCACAGUGCAUUCACUUUGACAAAAUGACUUUUAAUAUUUCUUAACGUUAGUUUUUUUUUAUAAAAUAAUUUGUUCAUGGUACUAGAAGAUAAUUUUUUUUAGCUUUUCACAGCUCUGCAUCUCAGCCGAACAUCUGUCCGCAGUGGAAUAAUUGCUUUUUGAAAUGCAUGAUUUUGUAAACUUCUUGUUAAGCAGUUGAAAUGAAAAAAUUGUACUAACACUUUUUCCUCAUAAUUGUUUCCACCAAACGAGGGAACUGAGGCUCUCAAGCACGCCUAAACUUGAAAUACGUUAAGCUUAGAUUAAACGCAGCACAAUUGAAAAUUAAGCUGUACAACGUACAUGUACACAUUUUGCCAUUCUUGACUUAUGCUUAAUUUAGUUGUGGACCAACCUUUAUUUUUGUUUACUUUACUCAUACUGCCAAAAAUGACAAAACUAUCUAAACUAUACAGUUUAUUUAUCAUCUUCUUCUUUUUUUUUUAGGUUUAAUGGCUAAUUUAAACUUAUGCUUACCCAUACUGUACAUUACGUAUUUUUUAUUGUCAAAAUAAAUCUAUUUAACAACUUAGUGUUAUUGAAUCAAAUUUGUAUAAGACCCAUUUUAAGUUGUUACUCUUACAGUAAACCCCAUAUGCACUAAAUCUAAUUCAAUGCAGGUGAAGUGCUCAUCAAGAGAAAAAAUGGGAUAUUUUGGUUAUAUCAGUUGCACUGGUUACUUUGUACUUGACUUGUAAACUAUACAAAUCAACGAUUAUUCUAAACAUCUUGUUCUUCUUAUUAUUUUUUGAGGUUCAAGAUGAUCUACGUCACCUCAAAGAGCAGAUUAUUUCACAAGCUACAGUCUCCACAGAGGUUAUUGAUCUCAAGACACUUGAAAGUGCAAUUGAGAGAACAGAACAAAGUGUCAGGGUAAUUGCUAUUACAGCUUAUUAGUUAAUGACUACGUAUGCCGGAGUAAACCCAGCAGUAAACAUGCAGGGGAAACUUACAGGUGGCUUGUGCACUCUCAACCAAAUCUGAACCUGUAAACUGUGUAGUAGAAAGGGGUUUUGUUUGUGUACUUUUGGAUAAGAGCUGAUCUUUCCCACAUUGUUACCAAACAUAGUGUCUCUACUCAUUUUUCCUCUCUGGAACAAGAGGGACAGAAGGAGGGUGUAAACCUGUGUGGGAAUAAAAUUAAUUAUUAAAGGUUGGCUUUCUAAGCCACAUUACAAUGACAGUAUACCAGUGCUCAACACUAAUGCUAGUCCACUAGCCUGGGAACUUUAGGGAAUAGGCUGGGAUAGUACAAAAUUUGUACUAGUAGAAGUAUAUUUAAUAUACUUCUACUACCCCCAGGUCAGUUAGUUAAGUUGACAAAAAUAAAGCUUUUCUUAAACUCUGCAAAAUACUCCUGCAUUGAAGGCUAUGCAUAUCGUGGAGGUAUCGUAUUAUUGACUCGCAAAACGGAAGCAAUGUUAAUGUAGGAAGUGGAAUAGAGAAGACUGGUUGCUAACCCCCCUGUUGUUCUUUAAGGGUUUUUUUGGACCAGUGGCUUGGCCUUACAGGCUAGUGAUUUAUUUCACUUGUUACUAGUCCAUUGCGUAGUUUCCAAAAAACUCAGUGUUGAGCACUGUAUACAGAAUUAAAGAGAGCUGAAACGUUUGCUUUUUGCUGUCAUUGAAAACAUCUAUAGUAUAUUUCUCUGUUCUCUUUUACUCUAGGACAAAGCAGAGCAAAUCAUCCACUCCACAAAUAAUACAGUGCUUACUUUGCCAUCUCUUGAAGGACCUGUGGCAGUUUCAACCAAGAAAAAACAGCAGGAUGCUAACCGGUAACUUUAAACAGCCUUAAUUGACUUUUGACUGUAUAAAUUAUGUACAGACUAUGUUUAUUGCAUGGUAAUAAAAUAAUAAUUAUAUCUAGAGCUGUAUAUUAUUAUUUCCAAGAAUAAAUAAUGAAUUGCUUAAGGGGAGGUACAGAAGUCUUUGGGUGUCUUUUAAUAAUCUGGGCUAGUUAUUAUUUGUUUAAUCUACGAUGAGCAUAUUCCAGCUAAGUGUCAGCUAAAUUGAUCUGAUAGUGAAUGACGUUCCUUUUACCUUGUUUAGGACAAAUGACAAAAUGCAGGGUGUCUUGUUUUCAAGCUAUUUAUUGGUAAUUGCAGUGAGGAGCAAAUUCAUAUUAUAGUCAUUGCUUUUGUAAACAUAUAGCUUGUGUUUCACUGUUAAUGGUUUACCUUUUUUUUACAGGGAUCAGCGCAUAGUUGCAUUCAAGAAAAGUGGGGUUGCUCAGAAAGCCAGGUAAAACAUUCUAGUUACAUGUAUGCUAUAACCAGUAAAUUUACAUUGUACACUCUACAUAAACAUGUCAGUUUUCAUGAAUUAAAUAUCGGCAGAGCUCCACAGCUAGAAAAAUUUGGUUAACUAUCCAUCCAAGAAAUUUUGGUAGUCAUGUACAACAGACUGUAACCAUACGUCCACCCGACCGCCCAUCUGUCUACACCACAGGGAAACUAAUGUGAAACAUCACAGUUUCUAGCUAGCUGGCCUGCAACCUGAUAUUGCACAUCCAUGUUGUGGUCAAUUGGCAGUUGUCAAAACAGGGUAUCUGCUGACCAGCAUCACAUGAACGUAUUGCAGGCUCAGCAGUCGGCCAUUGAGCUUACGUGCUUUUUUUAAGUUCUCUGCACCCGUCAAGCUCCUAGUUUUCAGCUGAUUAAAGGCUCAACUCCAAGUGGAUAUCUUCGCAAUACAUGCUUACAAGUUUAUUGUUUAAAGUAAAUUGUAAAUUUAUUAAUGGGAGCUUUUGCCUUUAGCUUUGGCUAUUAAAUAUUACUGUUUAGAAAACCUGAACAUUUUUGUUAAAUAUUUAUAUCAUAAACAUGUAGUUAUUUAGCAUGCUGUUAUUAUAUAUUUUGAUAGUUUCAAGAGCUUAUUAGAGCCAAUAGCAGUAGCAAAAGAGGGAAACAGACCAGGACCAAAUGCCCCUGCUCCAGGACAACAAGUACUUCAUUAUUUAUGAUUAAAUUUACAGGUGUACCUGUACACCAUGCCCAAAUGAGCAUGAUUCAGUUAAAUUAGGCAAGAAGGCCAGAGACACAAAUAAAGUUGCAGAAAACCUAGAGUUGACUCAAAAAUUCUAAGAAAAUCUUGUUCAUCUAUCCUGUACUACCUUCAAACUAAUUUCAUUAUUCUGCAUGUAAAUAUUUAUACAGAAACGCUUAACUUUAUUAUGAAGUCUAGUACAAUGACCAUCUAAAGAAAAAAAAAAGAGAAAAACAAGCAAGAGCAGUGAAAGAAUAGCAUGGGAAGGAGAAAAUUAAAGUGAAAAUAGUGUUACUUUUAAAUCCCAUUUAACUAUCUUGAAAUGUUGGCCUCCGUGUAUAGCUGUAAUUUAAAAUAACAAAUGAAAGAAGCACAGUGCUUGACCUGUACACAAAGCUUUGACCAGUUUUGGGUAUUUUUGCUUAGACAAUGACCACAAAAUGGCUGGACUAGCUUCAAAUGGUGUUUAAAAAUUUCUAGGAAUACAUGUAGAUUGUUUUAAGUUCUUUGUGCAAAAAUCAUUCCAUUCAAUUUUGUCAGGAGCCCAUAACCCAGAGCAUACAACUCACAUACUUGGCCUAUUCUUACAACGGUGUUUACACAGACCAGUUUAUUUUUAACAUCAUACUGGUUUUUUUUUCCUGCGAAAAUAGAGGCAAGUUCCAUAUGUAUGUAUUACAGUAUGAUAAUGGCAAAAAGAAAAAGUAAACACUUUGAAAACAUUAGAUAUACGAUUUUCUUGUCCCCAGUUUUUUGCUAGCUGAUUUGUGAGAAAUUUGCAGGAAAAAUAGUCUAAAAAUAAAGUUGUCUGGAAAACGCUAUUGCCUACGUAAAAGAGAGUUGUCCUCUCCAGGUUAUGGGCUCCUGAUUCUCAGCGUAUGAGCCCUGUUUAUUAAGACGUUAAAAGACUUGAUUUUUAGAAUAAUUGUUUUUCCUUUUUUAAUGUGUAGACCAGGGAUCUCAGGAACCUUAAGAUCCUCAGUAACCCAAGUCACCCAGCCGCAAGAAAUAUCUUAAAUGACAGAUAUGGUGUUGCCUUGCCUCACAUUGUUGAUAAGCAUGAACAUGCUUCUCAGGUCUGUCAGUUUUAUUCACACUGUAUUUACAUUCAUUAUAGAGUUGUCCUAAUAACUUGGUGUGCAACAUUUUCUUUCGAGCACUGUUUUAUUUUUUUACUAUAGAAGAGGUUUCACUAAGUCUAACAGACCCUAUGUAUCGGUAUUAACUUAUGUUGUACACAUUUGUAUGCCUUUUCGUAUUACCCUGCAGAAAUGAAAUUGACCUGAUAACAGCAGUCAAUUUCAGUGCAUCUUUUUACCAUGUGCCCUGACUGUGGAAUUAUUUUGUUCGCUGGGGUGUAAGUUGAUUGUUUUAUUUUAGAGGUUGCAGGUGUUUGUAUGUGGUGAGUUACAAUGUAUUAAAGGCAAGUUAGAUUUGAUUCCGUGGGAUAGAGGCUGUUGCUUUACUCCCGGGACUUAGAAUAGUUGAAUUUACCCUAUGGAUGCGAUCUGGAGUAUUGCAAGACUCCCCAUUUUUGCUUAAGACCUUUGUAUGCCCCUGUUGUUUGGUUUGCAAAUUGUAAAUUGUAUCAAUAAAGCCGCAAUGUUAAUAAAGAAUAAUUGUGUGAAGAAAGUUGUCCCUAUUUUACAUUUAGGUCCCUGGCAAGGUUGUAACAGGCUCAACUAUUGAUCCACUGAGUACAUUACCCAGAGCUAAUAAAGUGGACCCUUCGGUAAGUAACUUACGUCAAUACGAACCAACACAUAAAACAGCAAUGAACAGUAAUGCCUGCUUUAAUUGGGGUCUUUCUAUUACUGAGAAGUGUGUUUUUAGAUAAAAUAUAUUAUUGUUGACCAAGUGUGGGGCCAAAGUAGCUGGAUAUUGUCUACGAUAUUUUUUCUUGUUUUUAUGGGCCGAAACAAAGUCGAGGUAAGAAAAGGUAAGGAAAGGUAUGUCUUUUUGCAGUAGCCUUAAAACACGCGUAAAUUGAAAAUAUCAAUCAGGUGGGCCUAUAGUUGGAAGAACGCAAAAAAGAGCGUUGUCAGUAUCUAGCCAUCUUGGCUAAAUAAGCUGGGUCAAUAUAUAAUGCAUUCAAAUAUUAUGAUAUGACCAAGGUAACUUUUUCUUCUUGCGGGACCAUUGCGGGAAAUCCCAAGCGGCCAAGAUGGGGCCAUCUUGCCCGUUUGAAUCGCCAAUCAGAACACAAGAUUCGCUUAAAUUUUCCCACCCGCGGAACCAGCCUCAUAAUAAGGCGUGCCCGCCAUUGAUCAAUCAAUUGUUUUUGUUAUUUCAGCGCACCCCUCCUCCAAUCACUGAAGACGAUGCACAGAAGGGAAUUUUGAGCCUAAUAGAACGUGGCCUUAUUCCAGUAAGUCGAUCUGUGAGGGAAUACGCAUAGCUGUUGUUGGUGAAAUCUGUUCUAAGGUUAAACCAGUUUUCAACCUACAGGUUACAAGAGUUAGAUCCUUGGCAAAAAGCAAACUCCAAUCUCAUAUAGGUUCUGUCAAUACUGGUUUAAGUUGAGAACAGAUUUUGUCUACAAUGUAGCGGGCUAUAUGUACGGCUGUAGAACAUUAUAAAGGGGACAUUUUUAAAAAGCCCAAAAGACCUGCAAAUAAGCCAUUUGCGGAGAUGCGUGUAUGUUGAACGCUUAUGAGCAUUAACGUAACAUUAACCACAUGACUCUGAUAUGGUUGUAUGCCAUAUUGCUAUCCAUGUUCUGCGCGGUUUUUUGUACAUGUAAUAAUUUGAAAUAAUGUACGGACAACACUUGCCUUGCCCGCGUCACCUUGCCAUUAGCGAUCGGAGAACAAUCGGCCCAAAUAAAAAACUAUGAAAAUUGACGAAAGUUUGACUGAGCCAAACUGGGCCAAGGUUAUCAGCUGUGUAUUCCAUGUAAGCCCUAGUCGUUUGGGUUCUGAAGCGUGCUUAAGGAGAAUUUCAUUUGUUUUUCCCAAAUCAACAUGAAGCGUAAGGGCUUUUUCAUGAGCGCGCAAGGUCAAGUAUCUAGAAUACUGGUUUCCGACCGAACCAAAAACCGAAACAAGCACUUUCCUUUGAUAACUACCUUUUUGCCCAAGUUGCACUGUUGGAAACUUGCGACACCGUGUCCCCUUAGGGAUAUUGCAGUUCUUGUAUAUAUAGAUGUGUAGAUGUUGGUUUCCUUUCGAAUGCGUAGGUAUACAAACAGUCCAGAAUUAGGGUGCUGAAUGAAACUUGCAGUUUGCAAGACCUUAAACUGCCACUUAUAAGCGAAAGAAAGUGCUGUUCAAAAUACGUUUUGCGUUUACUGGUUUUCAAUUAAGCUUCAAAACGUCAUAGUAAAUCGGAUUCCUUUCUGAAUCAAUACAUUUGGAACAAAAUUGGAGGGGGCUUAUAUCCGGGGGCUUAUAUAUGACCGUAUUUGUUGUUUACAGGUCAUAAACGUAUAACUGGGGAACUUAUAAGGGGUGGAGACUUGUAAGCGGCAGUUUACGGCAAGGAAGGUCUUUUUUGUCAUAAAUUUAAGAUAUUUUCUGCUUCCAUUCUGUUUUUUCAGCCAGCAGCUGAGCUCACACUUCAGCCACCACCCGUUAGACAUCACCAGGCUAUAGUAAGUUAAACACAGCUUAUUAGGAUGUUAUUUUCUCAUGAGUCAAAUAAUGAAACAAAUAUCAAUGAUUGCUCUUUUCUUGUACCUUUAAAAAAAUAAUUGUAGCUCCAUGAAGCCGAGCAGCAGUUUUCAAGAUACACGGCACCACCACCAAACGAGGUUAUCGGCGGUAAGUACCGUAAAUGAUCUAAUUGACGUCCCCUCUCAAAUAAACGCCCCUUUCUGAUUAGCCCCCCUGUCCGUUACUCUUAAAGUCUAGGAAGAAGUUAAAAGAAAAUCAUUCAAUUUAUUCAGUUUCUUGCUUUAUUAACGAGGGUUUGCGCAUUGUACCGUUUAAUGUCAAUUCAAAGUAAGGAAUUGGACUAACGAUGACAACACAGUGAUCCUGAACGAUGAUUCUGACAUCAAUGUUGAGAUUUGAAAGAGUGAUAUGGAUCUCUAGACGGCCUAGACGUAUCAAUAUUUGUUGGACCAGGAUAUACCGCUAUUUAUAAACUGUCUUAAAAUUUUCGCCGAAAGCAUACAUUGUCACGUAGUUUUGUAGAGAUUUUUACAAAAAGGAAAAUAAUCGCCUCUCUCUUUUAAACGCCUCUUAUCUAUUAAAUGCUCCCUCUUGGACCACUAAAACUAAAUAAACGCCUCGGGCGCGCGGGCGUCUAUUAGAUCAUGUUUACGUAUAUUACCUUUUGUAUAAACAGAUCAGUUAAAUACAAUAAAAAGCUCGAAAAAUAACAGUUUUCCAGUUGCUUCUCAGUCGCGUUGUCCUUGCCUUAAGCAAGGUUAUUACUGCUUUAAAAAAAAAAACUAAAUAAGAUAAACUCUAAAUAAACUAAACUCUAAUUUUCUUGAAUUUCCUUUGAAAGAAAAAAACGCAUAAUAGCUUGCGAAGGUCUGUGUGCGUUUGAAUACUCACACCAUCGGAUUUCAUCCAGAAAUUCAUAUUCUACUUCAAAAUUGAUUCUGGAUGCUUGUGAUAACGCGGGCUGAGUUUCAUUUACGGCAAGUGUCAUUCCAGUUUUACCCACGUUCAACUCAUGUAUUUGUACCCGCUAGUUGCGUGCGAGCACUCAGAGAUCUCUGUUCCACUGAUAAGAUUCUAAUUUCACUUUUCUGUUUCAGUUGGAGGCUACAAUCUAUCUGUGAUUAAGGUUAGUUCAGGCUAAAGUUCUGUCCCCAGUUGUUCAAUGGCUGGAUAGAGCUAUCCGCCGUUUAAAUCACUAUCCAGUGGAUAGCUACAUUUUGUUAUUAGGAAAACCAAUUGCACUAUCCACUGGAUAGUGAAUAAUUCGGUGGAUAGCGUUAUCCACCUUUUGAAUUACGGGGGCCACGGAGUACUUUUAGCUUCAAUCUGCCACAAAAUCGGCCACAGACAUAGUCCUCAAAUAGGGUAACUUCGAGGAACAAAGCAAUGCACACCCCUCCGGCUCCCCUCUCCCCUCCAUUAAAAGUUGGGAUGUUUGUUGUUCCCCUCGAAGAGCGGCACAAAAUUGUGUGGAGGAAGUGGGGGAGGGAAAGCUUUAUUGUUACGUCAGAGAGGCCCUUUAGGGCAAGGUGUCUUAACUAAUUUUGUCGCCGAUUGUUGGUGCGCGCGUUAAGAAGUCAGACAAGAGUGCAAGUGAUGCAAAACUAAGCGAGGCGCGCGCGUGCGCGCGUGAUCUUCGACUCUAGCAGUUUCAAAUGAAAACCUUGCUCAUAGGCUACAGCAGGAAAGCUUAGGUGUUUUUGGGACAAUAACGCGCCUGAAAUGCCAAAGUCGUAGUGGUUGUUAUUCUCAUAACCAUACUGAUUGGACCGUCGGUGACUUGGGCGUGUCUCUUCCCAGGGGACCGUUAAGGACCCAGCCAAGGACUGUUUUAGUUGCGAAUGGUCCUCCGUUUUCGCUCUUUCUAAUUUCUUGUGGCUGUAAUAGUUGAGGCACGUCGCUACCGAUGAGAAGGCCAAUCUCAGCUUCAAUUUGCGGUAUAUAUGGUCACUCCCUUGAGAUGAGGCCAACGAUUAACAUCUUCUUGCGUUGCUAGGGUUUCACGGGAAACAGGAAGACUAGGCCUGGAGUAAACCAUUGGAAUUUCGAAGGAAUUUUCUUGGUGAAGAUCUGACACCAGGAGACUGAUCAUUGAGCAUUUGAUCGGUUCGUUUUCUCCUUGAAGUGUUGUAAGAGAAAGGUUUGUUUUCUUUCCCUUGAUAUUUAGCUUUUGAAGCAAAGUUUCAGUGCAAAAGGAGGUAUUGGAACCAGAGUCCAAGAAGGCGUAAGUCUGAAUUGCAUCUUUACCAUCCCUUGCCUUUACGCAAACAGGGAGUAUUGCGAGUCCUGUGACGGUCGUACUUGCGGAAAAACUUAACUUGGCAUAGCCGUUGCUUGCUGCUGGAUUAGCGUUACUGUUAGGCUUCGGCUCAGAGUUUGAAGCUCGAUUCGAGCUGGCACUGUUUUCGCCAGAGUUUUUAGAACUGUUCUUGUUGCUGUUUUGGUGGAGGAAGGUUGAAUGCUUGGAUGUACAACCUCGGACCCUACAGAAGCUUUCUUUCUGGCAUGAACGAACGAAGUGACCAGGGAAGAGACAGUUAGAACAAAGCUGCCUUUCUCGGACUAGCUUUUGCCUUUCUUCUAAGGACUGCUUACGAAACUUAUCGCACCGCGGUAACCAAUGAUCGGCGCUACACAAAGGACACUCUGGUUUCUUGUUUUCUGACUGGCUAUCUUCUUGCUUCCCGAGAGAUGAGAACGUGUCGGCCUUAGGACCUCUCGUACAUGUAUGAUGUGUUACUUCAGUCUGCUCUUCGCUAGAGACGUUUCCAAAGAUCGGGUGAGAUGCUGCUCUUGCCUUGGCAGUUACAAACUUCAUUAUAUCGGCCACGGUGACAUCUCUCGCUUCCCUCUCUACGAUCUGGUCGACCGUAUCUCGCCACUUAACUCUCAUAGAAUAAGGAAGCCUGUCUAUAAUCUUCUUCAGGUUGUCUGGGUUAUCGAGCUUAUUUAGGUAGCCGAUUUCCUUCAACGUAUUAACGCAGCUAGUUAGUUGAAUAGAAAACUGUUGUAAAGCUGGUCCAUCGUCAGUUCUGAUUGUUGGGCCAUCUACCAGCCUUUUUACGUGUGCGGCGGCAAUCUUAUAAUUCUGCCCAUAGCGUUCUUGAAGCAGCCUCCUUGCCUCUGUAUAUCCUUCUUCUUCGCGCAUGGAGAGACAGCUUUUCAUUAAUUCUUGUACGGCUUCAGAAGUAUACUGUACAAGAUAGUAGAGACGUGCACUUGAACUCAAGGUUUUUCUUUCUACAAUGUGUUCAAAGGCGCGCACAAAGUCACAAUAGUCGAUAGGGUCGCCGCUGAACACUUGCAGACUCGGCUGCGGUAAGGUGAGCGCUAACACACCUUGCUGUUGCUGCUGAAUAAGCUGCUGGAUGGCUUGAUUUUGACGCUCGUGGUUUUCUAUCAGGCGCUGGAAUGACUCAUCUUGGAGGCUAUUUGCACGAUAAUAAUCUGGAGAAACGUGUUGCUGAACUGGACUGGUUGUGGGAUACCAUUUGUGAGCGCGAGGAUUCAGAGAACGCUUCAGUGAUAUUGACUCAUCGUUAUGCUUAUUGAGAUGUUCACGCGAAGGAGUAGCUGCUGGGAAGGUCUGUUUAGGAGUUGGGUUGCCUGUGGUGCUUCCCACUCGCGGAGUAGAGGCGAUCUUGGCCUCUGGAGUUAGCUGGGGUGAAUGGUCAUUUGGAUCCCUUUCUUUUGAGCGGGAACUGAUCUCUCGAUGCUCGAUUGCUUCAUUUUCUUCAUAAGCUUUCCUUUCGGCCUCAGCUUGUGCGUGUUUUUUUUCUGGCAGAUGGACCCAUCUGGUGUCCUGCAGGCCGCUCGUCAGACAUCAUCCAGUACAGAAAAGAACAGACGAAUGCUUACCUCAGCUUCGCAACAACCAACUAGUAUCAGAAAGGUAUGCAAGGUAUUCAGGCUGAGCUCAGCUAAACAUCCAGCUAAUGAGGAAUUGUAUUUCUUGGUUUAAUUCACUGAAUCUUUCUUGCUGACAGGGCUGGACGCAAAAUUCUAAGAUGAAGCCACUCCCACUAAAGGCUAUAGAAGCACCAAACACAGUAAGAUUUAUUUGUACAGUCAUUACUCUUAUAUGGUCCUUUACAUUCACUUGUUUAUUGUAUUACAAGAUUACAAAUACAGUCGAACCAAAAUGUCAAAAAUGCGAACCACACAAUUAAAUGCGAAGAUUUAUUAUCACUUACCGCGGGAGGUGGUCCCUCACAAAAAUCGACACAUAGGUGGUCUCUUCCGAGUAGAGGUCCUGAAACAUCUACUUUAAAAUUUUGAAAGCGAAAUUCCAAUUGAUGCAAUUUCUAAGUCAUGAUAAGUGUGGUUUUAAGUUUGUCAUGGAAAGUUUGUGGUAUAAUCUACGUUUUAUAUUCAGCGAGCAAAGAGAUCAGGUCAUUCCUCAAGUGGUCGCUUACAAUAGUUUGAAAACAAUGCAAAAUUAUAUGACCACUUCGCCAAAAAGUAGUCGCGGUCGCUUACUGGCGGUGGUCGUUUACGGGAGGUUGUAAUUAUAGAGCUUUGACUGGGAAAAUUUUGUUGUUUUGGAUGGUCGCGUAUGGGAAGUGUUUACUUACGAGAGGUGGUCGCACAUGGAGGUUCAACUGUAACAUUUUGUUAAAAGGGGCAUUUGUCUGACCAUGUCACCGAUUAAGUGGAACAAACCAGAAAAAUUGAGGUUGUUUUAUUUUCUUCAGUUACUACGUAAUUCUUCAACUACUACAGUAUUCGAUAGUUGUUGACACAAAUAGGGAAAAACGUUAAAACGGGUAACAAAAAACGCCCAACUUGUUUUUCGGGCGAUUUUGCGCGUUUUACCACCCACGAAAAAACAAAAACCUUGCAACCUUAUUUGUUCCAAGACAAAUCCAAACGUGGGUUGAAAUACGCCCAACAUCACUAUUCAAUUCGUUUUAGAGCAAUGUUGCAAAACAAGUCGCAGGAUUUUUUGUGGUCCGUUUUAGCUUCAAGCCACCACGACGUCGAUGACGACAACGACAACGACAACGUCAAAAAACAAUAAAUUGGUUUUAUGAGCAAAACAUCAGAACUCUGCACCUGCUGCAUCACGCUUUGUAGUACAUUUCUUUGGCGUCCACUGCACGACUACGACUUAGAACCUCCUAAUGCGACGUUUUAUGACUUUUUUAUGGUGAACUUGUCGUCGUCGUCGUCGUUGCUUAAGCUCCCUAAUGUCCAGUCUUGUUUUCCCACCGCAGGCUGGAUUUCGUCGUCAAAUUUCAGUACUCGGACUUUGUCCAAGCGUUGAUCGAUCGUUAUCUGUGCCCUCUUCUAGAUCCGUGAUUUAGUUUUAAUCUAUGUUUUUAGAUUCCUGUGCCUGCGUCUACACCAGCGAAUGAGCUUAAAAGUGUUCAUAAGUUUGUUAUUCAGAAUGGAAAAACCAGAGUCACGUCUCAGGUAAAUCAAGUUCAGGAUCCAUUGAAGUAGAAUCCGUUUUCGCCAUCAUUACACUAUAAAUGUUGAGAAGGUUUUAGAAUAAAAACUACUUUAUGCUUACUUCAAUUAAUUAUUGCAGAUUUACGUUGGUCCUUCGGUGGAAAGGUUUGAAUUUUACCUGACUGGCCCAUUUCCACCAAAUCAGGUUCUAUUACAAUACAUGCAGCUGGAUUUUUGAAAAGAGACGUCAUGAAAAGUUCAGUCGUUUGGCGAGAAAAAAAAAAGGACAAAACCCUAGGUUUUUAGCCCAAAAAGCGUAAAAAUUCAUCAACAUUUACUUUCAUCUUCUCAAUUCCAAGUUGAAAGAAAUUAACGAAAGAGAGACAAAGAUAAGGAGGAAGUAGGGAAAGGACAAGAAAAAAGACUGAUAGUUGUACUGUUUGUUGGUUUAUUGAAUUUUCGGUGUUCAGGUGAAUACAAAGUAGGCAACACGAGAGCAGUGGAGACUGGGAUUGGUUCAGUUGAAGUGCAGUAUGGGUAGAUGGGGAGGCUAUAGAAGAGAUGCUUUUCACGUGGGCAGGCAUUCUACGCGGAAUAUCUCGUUCAGCUUGCAUCACUAUUUAAUCGUAUUUCAUUUUUAUUUUCUCGGAAAUUAAAUACUUUUAACUUUGUUAUGCUUUUGGUAAUACAUGAGAACUGGAGCUAUGGUUCCUACGUAAAUUUCCUGCCGAGUUUUUGCCCCUCUGUUUUUGUUUGCUUGUUUGCUCAUUAUUUUUACAUUAUCCUUCUCACUUUUUUUCAAACUAUCUUCUUAAACUGCUUUAUUUUUGAACUUGGUAGGAUUACCUGGAUUUCAAACAACACUACUGUCUUUCUUGGGGAAGGUAAGAACUCUUCAUUGCCUUUAUUUAAAUUUGGAAUAUUAAGGUAUAUUCCUGUCUUACAGGAUUCAAUGCAUCCUCGAAGACCCAGGGGGAAUACUAGCGGCCGUCAGUUGGGUCGGCAUUAACGACGCGGCGAAAGUUUUCAAGCCCGCUCUGGGGCAAGAGCCCCUGGGAACACUGCCCGUCCUUGGAAACUUUCGUCGCGCCUAUUCGCCCGACUUGUCUGACUGCCCCGGGGUCUCCGAGGAUGGAUUCAAUGUGAAUCAACUCACUGUUCGUAUGUCACAUGAUAUACUGUGCUACGCCAACUAGGAUUUACCUCGUUUUCAGUUGCUCUGGGGACGAGUUAUCAUCCAUAGUUAUAGACCUUAGGCUAUGUUGACAUUAUACCUCACAGCUUUUCAUUGUUUCACGAAAAGUUAGCUAUCCACCAAGUCGUUCGCACACAUCGAAACAUCGUUCCAGCCCUCACUCCUAAGUAUUUACUUCCGUGCCAGUGGGUUGCAGUCCUCGCUUCUACUCAUUUACUUCUGCGAUGGGCCGAAUAGUUGUUCACACUGCACCACAGUAUGGCCAAAAACGUAUCUCCUAUAUGACGCUCCACUUUUCUGUGCGGUGCAGCCUCGUUCCGUUACAGAAAUCGCGCCGCCACAAUCGUUCUUGUGAACAGAAGCCCUAUUCGGCAUGGUUUUCUUGGUGGCGCAAAAUCUAUCCAGUGUAUAUACAGUCAACUCCCUUUAUAGCGGACACUGUAGGGACCUCAAGUUAGUCUCCUCAUUAGCGAGAGUCCGUAAUAGCGGGAGUUUAUUUCAGUCAAACGUCUGUAAUUUGGUUUUUCCUGGGAUUUAGCUGCUGUCCGUUUUAUCGGGAUGUCCGUUAUAGCGAGGUGUCCGCAAGGCGAGAGUUGACUGUAGUGUGAACACCUACCCUAUCAGGAGAUGUGACUCUCCAUUUUAAAGAUCGCCGCCGCGCAGCUUCACUCCGUCACAGAAAUCAAGCCACCACAACCGUUCUUGAGGAUGAACAGACCCUAUCCGCUAUGAUUUUCUUGGCGGCGCAAAAACUAUCCGGUAUAGUGUGAACAUAUCCUUGGCUUUCAGGUGAAGAGUGCGCUGUGGCAAAGCCUACGCCGCAGACAACGUCAAUGGCACGCUGGCAACUUCGCUAUCGAAGCGAAAGAUAAUCUUAAGUCCUUUAAAAUGGACAUAACGCUUUUGAAAGUUAAUAUGUGAAGUUUUUCCCCACAGUAUACUGUCGUUGAUUCUUAACCUGGAGGAGCUUCUCACAAACUAUUGUGUUCCAAUCGCUUUUAUAGACGGCGACAGGUAAAGAGAUUAAGUAAAUCAACCAAUAAACAAAUAGUAUAUGUGCUUGUGUUAGUUACAGGCUGCAAUUCAUCUGCUCUUUCACGAUCGUUUAUUUUCGCUCUCGAGUCGAGUCCCGUUAAGGUGAUAGAGCUUAUUCACAGUCUUCGUUACUUGUGGCGCUCUCAGCGCGCGCAGCGGAGCACCACGGGUAAGAAAAUUUGGUUAUCUAUGCAUCCAGCAAAUUUAGUUCUGCGAAAAUCGUCCGUCAGUACGUACGUACGUCCACCACUUCUCGUAAGCCGGGGAUAGGAGGACCAGACUUAAUUGGACCUAUUGAUUUUUUUUUUGUUGUUGCCGUUUUCGUUGCCGUCGCCUCUUAGCAUUAUACGAUUUUAUAUUUUGUUUGAGUAAAAUAUAUUUAUUAACGAAAGCUUAGCUUUCAACCCUGGCUGAAUCUAUACAUUAUCUCAAUUUUCUUGCAGGCUUGCUGAUCUUGCGUUAGUUUUUGAACUAGAACAGGAACCAACUCUAGAGGUACGUUAGGGAGACAGUAUAUGCAAGUGAACAUGAAUCCGUUAUUUCAUGCUCUUACUGGAUAGAUAUUUUUUUAAUAAAGGCCCAGUGGCUACUAUCGUUAGCGUUUUGAUGUUAUGAAGUUUGGCACGUUUCUUACACCUUUCACUAAUGGUCAGGAGUAGAGUCUUCAAGUGUGGCUUUGGGACACCUCCUGUAAGCUUUUGUGUGAUAAGGGCAUUAGUCAUGGUCCUAGCGAUAUAAAAAUACUACACGCUUAAUAAGUAGUAGUGUCAAACUUCUUAAGCGGGCAUAUUUGUUCUAGUCUCAAGAGUGUCCGCUGUCGGUAGUUUCGGUUGUACAUGAAUUUUUAUUAUAUUCUCUCUUGAUUUGGUGGAUAGUUUUCGAAUAACUGAGCCAGGAUAAUUCCACCGUUUAGGGUGCUGAUAACUGGGUGUUUUGCUUUGUUCGUAGCAUUUUCUGACAUGUAUUCUGAACGCUGAGGAUGUUGAAAAGAUUAUUAAAACCCCUGGUAGAAGAUACCUCGGUCCGAAAGGUACAGAAAUGGCAGCCAUUAAGAUACAGGUAUUUAUUGUUGAUUUUGUUCUUGUUGUUUUUAUCAAUGUAGAUAAACCCUUUAACACCGGAAAGAUUUAUCCAAAAAUAAAAAAUGCACUUAUUAGCCACAAUUGUCCCUCCUUUUGACCUUGUUUGUGCAGUUACAUGUAACUUGCACUCUACUGGCCACUGGUCUAAGCUUCAUUUUUUUCGUUUACAUUUUCUUUCUUUCUUCUUUGUUAGGCUUUUUAUUGACUUUGUUUUUCGCUGGCUGGUGUUUCACUAAAUUUUAAAGAAGGGAGAUUUCUUCUUGAAAAUGUGCGGGUGAACCGAUUAAGCUUCUUAAGCUUAAGAUUAUUUUGUCAAGUUGAUGCUAUUGUGUCUAACCGAUUGGUUCAAAUUUACAAAAUAAGACAUGUUAGUCAAGAGCUACUUUUCCAGAAUCCGUUUCUUAUCAAUUUGUUUACUUGGUGAAAAACCUGAUUGGAUGAGAAGCGUUUGUAUUUCAACCGAUGGAAAACUAAAAUACCUCGACACAUUUGUGGACGGGCGAUAACGAUUUGAUGCGCUACGUGUGGACACGUAUUUUUUUUUUCAAAACGGAUAAAAAAUUUGCGUUUGAAACAAUAUCCGAAUACUUGUGGACGGGGCCUGCGAGUCAUGAAUUUCGUACAUUUCAAAGACUAUUCUGUUGUGUAAUAUCAUUGUAAUUAUUUCGUCAUUUUUUUUUUUCCUCUUUCAGUCCACCUGGCGAAGGUACAAGGAUCGCUCAGCUUAUCUGCUGUAUCGCAAACGAAAAUGGGCGGCAGGUAAUACUAAAUGAAUGGUCAUAGUAAAUGAACUGAACAUAGUGAUAAUAGCAGUGGAAAUAGAUUCUCAAAGUUGGUAAUGGUUUAUUAAUGAAUCUGUGAAAUCCACGGAUUACCGUCUCUAGUGCUUAGGCAAGUCCUAGCUGUAAACGGAGCAAAUCAUUUGGCACGGUAACUAAUACUGAGUUUUUCUUCUUCACCUUUCGAACUUCAACAACUAAAUUCAGUUCUCUUGCUACUCUUAUCGUGCGUUCAACGAUUUAAGAAAUAAGAAAAAUAAGUAAGAACAACAAAACAAAACAGCAACAACAACAAGACGUGAACAAGUUAACUUCUUUUCAAGACAGGUUUUGUAGUUUAAACAAACAUUUAUCAUUGCCGCAAAAAGUAAUCAAAUCUUGUUUGGAAAUACGUACAGUUCUCUUUUAGGAAAUUCAAAUAUUCUUUCUGGUUGUUUCAUUGAAGCAUUUAUUGAAUUGUUUAAUUACAGGAGUUAUUGCGAUAUCUUGGAUUAUGAGCUGUAAAAUAUCUAUGGUUCGGAAACAGCUGAAAGAAACAAGGAAAUUACAGCUUAAACGAUUUAAAAUAAGAGCAAAGGUACAUCCUUCUCUCUCGUUUUACCGUUUUGAAAGGUUGUGCUUUUUUUAAAAAUGUAGUUAUAAUUUAUUUUCUUGCAUUUAUAGGAGUUUAGAGACAACUGGCCUCGCAUCAAGAAUUCAAGGAGAGUAGUAAUUCAUAUACCCUCUUUAGGUGAGCUUCUUGUGGUGUUGUCCAACUUUAUGAGAGAUGGCAAUGUGCAUUCUCGUUCCCAGGGCCCUCUCCUACUCGUUUCUCCGGGGAACAGAGGAACUGGGAACGAGGUUGCGGCAAUGGGUAGACAACCGUCCCCAUCAUGCACUUCAGCAGAUAGUCAAAUUGGUGGGAACUUUCCUUUCAAACCUUCGAUUUUUUUUUUAUUAAAUUGCAUGACUUAAAUUUUCACUAGUCGUUUUUUUUUUUUUAAAGUUGCAUACAAGUACACUUCUACAUCAAUAAAUACUUAGGCUUGCAUGUACUAGACUGUUCACAGUCCUCUAUUUUUCCGUAAGAUCAUCGAGAUCGAUCGCUUCGUGUUACGCGCUGCCAUCUUGCAUGAGUGUCAAAUCUACUUUCUCGCCCCUUCCUCCCCCCCCCCAACACCAGAGCUAUAAUUCUCAACACCCGUCCCCUCGGUACAUUUGAAAAUCAAGAUACCCGUGACGGUAAGACGCGGUAUAUCUAAACGAUCUCACGAAAAAAUAGGGGACUGUGAACAGUCUAUGCAUGUACUCACAGCACUUUUAAUGCUAGUGGUUUUAUUUGUACUUGUUGACCUCUUUUGUAGGUUAUGCCCAACACAUAAGAGAUGAACUUAGUGAAAUAAAAAUUCUUCAAAAUCUCCAGAUGGCGAGACUGUGUGAUAUAGAAGGUAAGACCAAUGUGCACAUCGACGCAGAUCACGGGAUAUUUUAUAGCUCAAGGGAUUGAAUUGAGGGUGGGGAUAGAGUAUUCUUCUUGUACAACCCUGGGUCCAUUGUAGUUGAAAAUGACCUUGCAGUGUUAGUUGAAGACAAGUCCUAGGUAAUGGGCUGCAGGGCCAGGUUCCUGGAAGGCCGAUUAGCGCUAACAAAACAGUCCAUGUUUUCCAGUGAGAUCCGCAUGCCGUCAUUCUCAAUAAAUUAGCCUUCCCUAGUCUCCACCGCUCUAUCUCCAUUUAUACUUUGAAGACUCUGAUCUCAUAAACCUUCGCACAAACACUAUUCAAGUAAAUAUCAGCCCAAAGCCUGGCCCAAAGCAUUUUGUAAUCUGCGACCACAGAUCAGAUGAGACCAGAUCUGUGACGCACGUAAACAAAGCAUACCUGGUUUGAUUGAUGUUUCGAGUGCUAAGCAAUCAACACUACCCGCACUGCACUAAUCAGAAACAAAAUCGUAGGGUUUGCGGGCAAGCGUUCCCUUCUUUCUCCUCCCCCUCCCCCGUCGUUCAUUUUUUUUUUGCUCUUGUCGCAACAUUCUCGACGAACUCGCGAGGAAACGCUUGCUACGCAGGCUAGCACAACAGUGUUUUGUAAGCUCGAGUUACAUGUUCUUAGACUAAGAAAGGAGAAGGAGACUGGCACACCACAUUUGUUUGUGGCAUCGUUACUAGGGACGUUGCACGGGUUUUUCCUGUUCCUAGUAACAGUCCCAGAAGUCUUUGCCAAAGCUAACCUGGCCGAGUUUCCUGUCUUGUUUCUUAAGUGGCAAAUGCAUUACUCCAUAAAGUACGAUUCAAAAUGGAUCCUACUCGGCAGCAUUUCACAGAUUCAAAAGUACGAUUACUCGGGACUGUGAACCCUGUCACUAGAACAGAACCUUUGAUGUACAUCCUCAAAUUUCGUAUUUCAAAUAAGAGUUAUGGUGUGACCGUGAAACGUCUUUGGCAUUGUGUCUCUUUUAUCAUUCUAAGAAUUGAAUUUGCUUUCUUGAAUUUUGAUACAUUGUACUUUUUGGAGCUUUUUGGGUACUUUAUAUUAGUGAUAUUUCAGGUGGGUUUUAAAAUCUAGUAUAGCGAGUACCAUAUAUUGAAUUUUUCGUGGUUUGAGUCUAAAAGUUUUUGAAUAUUCCGCGCAAAUGUCGUAGGAGAGACUCAGAGACUCCCACGAUUUAUUUAAACUUCAGAUCCCAAAGUUGAAGUAAUUUAUCUCAGUCCAGUGGAACUAAAUGACGAAGUAUAUCAGUAUUACUCGAAACUUCUUGCUAUGAAAGCGCGGAGACCGAAUGCAAGUGAUUCUGACCCCAGAGCAAGUGGUGAUGAUGAGGAAGAAGAUGACAUUGAAAACCGCUACAAAAUCAUUGUACCUGAUGCUGUCGACAGAUUUCCGGUAAUUAGAAAACUGUGAAAUGAAGUACUUCAUCAUUGUACACACAAAGUGGAUACGUCGGAAAACAGAAAUACUUUUAAGUAUUUAUUUAUUUAUUUUAAAUGUUACGACGUAACAUAGCUUGAAUGGCGUCUCGAUAUAUGUGACCAACCUUUUCAAAUUACUCGUAGAUAUUCGAUUGUUAUAAGUUAAACUCCAAGAGUUUUUUUUGGGGGGGUAAUUUUCCUGCGAUACAAAGGCAGAACCCGGAUGAGCAAGUUCGAUUACAUCCGUUUAAGUAACAUUCCGUAGCUAAAGAAUAAUUAUUAUUUCUUUGAAAAGUGACCCAUUUUUAUGUGUCCAUGGUUGCAAAUACACCUUCAGAUUUUACAAAUUACAGUGCCCAAUUGCGGAAGACUUAAGGGACCACUCCUGAUUUCCUGCAGGAACCUGGGUGUAAAAUCGCAUAUAACGGAGAUGUUAUUCGUAUUUAUUUUAUUUUCAUGGAUAAAUAAAUAUUUUUGCAUUCCACUAACUCCUUUGCUUCUUUGCUCGCCAGACUCACAACAUGUGUCUUUCGUCCAUUUUGAAGUAUAGUCCCAGAACGAUUAAAAGGUAAGUUAAAAGCGAAUUCUAUUAAUAGAGAGAUUAAGAUUCACGUUUACGCCAAACGGCAAACGUGAAUUUGUACCACGUGACCAAGUUUCCCCCUUGUUUUUCGUUUACUGUUUAUUGCUUCUACACAAAAAUAAGUAGUUUUAUGCCAGUUUUGUCCACAAGAAUCGUUCUGGACUGUUUUUAUCUGCUUAUUCUCUAUUCUGAGAAAUUUUCAACUGACGUUUGCCGUUUGCCGUAUGCCGUAAACGUGAAUCUUAAUCUCUCUAGUACUGUCAGUGACAGAACUUGACGUCCUAUUGAACGGUUUCACUGGUACUCGCUACAUUCUCGUGCUGGAAAAUUUGGCAAUGUUUAUGAUCUCAUUUUGAAAGAAAAUAUGUAUUAGUGUUUUUUAUUGAAGAAGAAACUAAAAAAUCCAAUUUCUGUAGACUUAUGGUCCAUAGAUAUCUCGCUCGGAUACUCCGUGAGUUUAUAAGGGAUGCUGUUUGGUUCUUCGCCAGGAUUAGAGGAACAAUGACCGCUGAUUGAUCUUUUGUUGAUCUUGUCAGAUUAAAGAAUUUGAUAAAAGGGCGCGAUGCCUAUAUAGUUCCUGGUGUGCUUCAUAAAGAUGAUAUCUACCUGGCUGAUUUGCUCGGUGAGUUUCUAGCUCAGUGUUGAGUCUUUGUGGUAGCUUCCUUUACGUAUUACUAACCUUUGCGGCCAAUUAGAAGUAAAACGUGAUAAAAAUGAAUACUGACUUGCCUUCGAGUGUUCUUCCGCGCUUAGCUAAUUAGCGCUGUGACAUUAAUUCAAGUGCUUAUUGGUUGAUUUGCUUGGCGCCAUUACGUGUAGUUUGUAAUUGCGGUGAUUCAUUCAUUUGCUGUCCAUCUUGUUGUGAUUGGUCAAAGUCAUUGCUUUUGUUAAUGAUAUAUGAAAUUAAUCAUAUAUAAACUGCGGAAAUGAAAUGAAAAUGAAGAAAUGAUCGUCGAGAAAAUGAUCGAUUUUUUUUCGUCGCAGUUAACGAUUUUUUCAGGCUUCUUCACGCAAUUGCAUAAAUUACAUUCACUGCGUAAUUGCUUUGGUUACGGUUUUAGGAUAUUCACUUGAUAUCGCACGAUUAAUUUGUCUUACGUGAUUGUAUUGCUCUGUUGCUGAAUGUGACAGCUUCGUGUGUAGAAAGAGAAAGUAUGAAGUUAAACUCUUAAGUUUCCACAAAAAGUUGACUUCUCCGAGACAGUCUCCCUCUGUUUUUUCAAAUCAAGGAUAGUGACUACACACGGAAAAUACAGAACGUCCUUUUCCCUCUAAAAGGUAGACUGGUAUCGCAGGCCAGAGCAGGGGCGGGUAACCUGAAAAAGAAUGUUAGAAAUAUAUCAGCAUUUGGCCCAUUUAGGAAAGACAACGCUACCUCGAAUGAGUAAGCAAAUCGCGCGGAAAAGACUGGACGCGACUUUCGGUCUUUAAUAGGCCAUUUCCGAGUUACCCCAAGCCUCUGUUUCAAAGCGAGGCUAAGUGCAAAGCCUUUGAUAUGAAAAUAAGCUUUUUAUUGUCGUGCAAAUAAAACUCAUUUUCACAAGAAUGGUUUUGCACUUAGCCACGUUUUGAAAGCGAGAUAAUUUGGAGUUUGGAAAUGACCUAUUUGCGGCUCUGCCAUUUAGGCAGUCCCUCUAAAUUUGAUCUACGCGCUUUCGUCAAUUCCGGCACCUUGUCUUUGCUGAAAAUUUACGUGAAAAGGCGUUGUUUCCGCUAUUCUACUGUAACCAAUCUAAUAUUUUCUGUACCUUCUGGUGUUAGAUAUCCCAGUUCUGAGUCCCGAGCCAGAGGUAGCCACCCUUUACUCUACAAAGUCGGGCUCCAAGAGGAUAUUUCUCAGCGCAAAGGUUGAAAUCCCACCAGGACACUUUGAUAUCUACAGUCUGCCGCAAGUAAGUUUGAACUACAGUAAAACGAGCAAGUACAAGCCUAGUUUUUAAAAAACCCUCUCUGGUUAUAAUCUGCUUGUUUGACCCCUUAUAUAUUACAAGAACCUGUUAAGCCUAAAAUUUGAAACAGAUUCUUUUUUUUUAAACUCCAAUUCUCCCGUCCUGUUGAGUAAGUUCACUGAUGACUUAAAUACGACAGGGAAGGGACUAACGUAAGCUGUACGUCUUUAGUGACGUCGGUUAAGAGAAAGUUGUUUGUAGCAGAUGGUAUCGAUUUUCAUUUUGUGGCUGACUGUGUGUGCAGUGCAUGCAUUUUUCAGAUCAUUUUUAAUUGUUAAAGAAAAAAAAAAUGCUGCCUAAACUUUAGCAUUCGAGGGCCAUAAAACAAAUAAACUUAGUAAUUGCAACUAAAAUAUUCAAAAAUGUUUUGUUGUCUUUAGCUUCACGAGAGUGUGGCUAAGUUAGUGACAGAAAACCUUCAUGUCAAACGAUGGCUGUUCAAGAUGGACAACGAGUUUGAUGGUAGAGGAACAGGUGGGUCAAUGAAGCUGGCUCUUUUUCAAAGCCGUAUUCACCAUGUUUGAUUGGCACUAGAGUGUAAUCACCCAAACGUCUUUUUCACGUUGCAGCUUACUGUGACGUCACCCCGCACUUGAAGUGUUACUCGUGGGCUCUGAAAGAGUGUCAGCGGUAUGGCGAGAAAUGGAGCAAAAAGUGGGCGCAUGAGCCCACACUGAUACGAGUGUCAGCGGAAAUCCCCGAAAUUAUGGCCCACCAUGCUAGUCCUGUGAACAGCGACCUGUACCCAACAUGGGAAAAAUUUCUACAAGAUUUUCUUAAAAGAGGUGAUUAAGUAGAACUGCUCUCAGUUGAAAUAAGGUUCCAGAUUUUAAAAAGAAGGACAUCUUUUUGGCUGCUAUCUCGCAUAACUUUACUUGAUGUGUGAAAUAGAUCAUCCUUAUUCAGUUUUUCAGUGUAUAUUUUGAACUGAAGUCAUGAGAGAAAACAGCUUACAUGUUGUAAAAUAUAAUAAAAAAACUUGGCUGAAAGUUGAUCUCGAAAAAUCUUUACAGUAACACAGCUUAAACAAACCCACCCUUUUGAUUAAUGAAAACUAUUUUUGAGGUCGCGGCGACCUUAUGUCAGAUCUUUCUACUAACUUCAGUCAAGCCUCAUUUAUCUUCUCAACUCGUAGACCGAGACCCAAGAGUUUUCUGGGUUGAAAGCUUAAUAUGGACCUUUCGAGUUUUGUUAUUAUACUCAAAGAGACAGUGGCUGCUUUUCAGGAGGAGUAAUUGAAGCCUGCCCUCCAUCUCACAGUAUCACAGCUUUAUGUGUGGACGUGUUGAUUGAACCGACUGGCGAAUCGUCCAUUUUGUCCAUGGGAGAUCAGGUAUGCAAAUAUCUUUAUUCUAGUCUUUAUAAUUUCCUCGACCCUCCAGGCGAGCUGCACAAUAAUCUUUAGGUUUCCUGUGGUUCCUUGGGUGUCCUGUCGCCAUAUAAGCGUUACAAUCUCGAUUUUUGUGCCAGGAUGAUUUUUAGCAGAAAUGGCCAGUGGUAUUAUUAUAACUUAAUUGAAGACAUCCGUAACACACCUAUUGCAUCAUUCUAAUUGCGCCACGGUGGGGAUUUUUCACGCAAACAGUUUCAAAUAUUGUCGUCGGAGUGUCAAUUGGUUAAUGAAGACCUAAACCACAAAGAACUCCUGAUUUUAGGACUCUCUUGUAGUUCUUUAUCCCACAACUAUUAAUCAACCCAAUAAAAGUUUACUGUCCAGCAUCUGCUCUUAGCUUUAUACUUACAAUUUGUAACCUCCAGAGUUGAUAUCUUUGACCAAAAGACUAAGUUAACUUCCCCUUUUUGGAACCUCUGUGACGUUGUUACUCAUUCUUUUCGCCGCAGAUUCACGCGUCGUCGCGUUUCAGAUGCUGGGGCUACUCUGUGCCCCAGACCUCUGUGGAUCCCUCGCUUCUCUGCACGGCUGUUGACGCUGUGGCUAAUGCUUGUAAACUGCGUGGAAUUGUGGGAUAUUUCUCCAUUGACUUUGUGACAUUCAUUGAUCCUAAAUCAGUAAGAUUUUUGCCUGCUUAUUACAAUUGUAAAAUUGUACUUAUUCACGAUGUCUUUUUUGUUCAGUCGCGAGGAUUGAUGGGAUAAAAGCAAUGUUAACGUUUGCUUUUAGAGGCAAACUUCCGUUACUUGGUCUGCGAGCUGUCAUUGGAUAUUUUUAAAACCCAAGAAACACCAUGUAACAAUGUUUUUGACUCAUCAAUGCCUGUGCGCAAAAAUGGCCGGUAUUGUGAUCGUAAAUAAGGUUUUAUCGCGUUAUAAAGAUUUAUAACUGAGUUAACACAGCUGAUCUUAUAUUCCAUGUAAUAGUUGGAACAGGUGGUGUGGGCCGUGGAUCUGAAACUCAGGUAUAGUGACAGCAUGGCUAUGACGAAACUUAUGCGCUAUGUAUCUGCUGGACACUUUGAGCCCGCUAUUUCAUCAUUCGUUGUACCUGUAAAAAAGAAACGCGAAGAAAGUGGAAGAAGACGAAGGAGAAAGACAGUGGAAGAUGAUGAGGUGGGUCUUUUUGUAAGGGGAUCAUAGCCGUGAAAUGAGACUUGAUAUCUGCGCAGCGAGUAAAACCAAAUGUAAUCCUCGAAUUACCUAACCUUCAGUUUGUGUGAACAGUUGAAAAUAAACAAUAUAUCUAAAUGAUUUGCAAUUUAAAUACUUUAGCGCUAUUUUACCACUUUUUUUGUUAAAUUUAAAUCCUUACGAAUGUUAGAGCAUAUCCUCAGAUCCUCAUGAUUAGGUGCAUAAUAUUGCUUAUCAGGGGGUGUUUACGUGACACCGGGACGACUUUCGCUCCGGAGUGAGUUCACUGCGGUUCCCACCCAUGGCUCUAAAUUUGUUUACAUGAUACCACCACAAAAUGUCAUGCCGGCGCGAGUCACUCGCAACGGUCUCAUGUAAAUGCGAAACGACCACACGGUCCGGUGUGAAAUCGGUCUGCUGGUAGACUGGAACGGGUAACGCAUGCGUAAUGUUUGCGAUUUUGAAUCUUACGUGUUUUAGUGUCCUUCAAAUAACGAGAUAUGAAAUGACCCAGUCAUAAUGUAAACACGAUACGAAACAAAAAGGUCAUCGCGGUAUGAAACUCGCGCCGGUGCGAGUUUUCUCAUGCAAACACCCCCUCAGUAAACAAAUCGUCCUCUGUUCGUUGACGUCCUUGAUCUGUAAUUCAAGAAGCAACCUACUUGUUAUCAGAAAUAUGUCGCAAAUGUUCUUUCUCAGUCUCGAUCGGUUGUUAUCUUUUAAUACCCUGUACAGAGUAAAAUGUCAUAAAUACUUUUUCGCUAUGGCGAAACGCUUCGCGAUGUCUUUAAGAGCGUACCCCCUUAUGCUAAUGUUACGAUAAAUCUGAAUUCAUAUUAACGCCCUGCUCUCGAUCUAGUGUGACGCAAAAUAAAAAUGAGAGGCUGCUAGCAGUCUAUAUUUUUUCAGAAGGAACACUUUUUUUUCCUCUGAAUAUAACCGGCCUCGUUUGUAGCGCCUCUUAUGACUGUUAUUUUAUCUUGUGAUUGAAAGAAAACGCCAUUUUCAGCUAUAAUGGGGCUUUUUUGAGUUUAUUUUGAUGCUAUUUCAGCCGCCGCCGAAUCCAAACCGUUUCGCCAUUUUGAGUACCAGGCUCCUACACAGUAAUUUGAGCGUGAUUCACUAUAGUGUGUUCUUCCAGAUGUGUCGGGCGCAUGGCAUUGGUUUUGACAUGAAGGUAAGUUAUUUGUCGUAAAAGGUUCCACUGAUCGCUAGGGUAGUUCAAAAAUUGCUCUUGCGAUUGUAGAGAUCGCUUUAAAUAUCAGGAUGUAAUAAGUCGUUGCAGAUUUUGCUCCCUCCGUGGAUUGUGGCCUGAAAUGCUCGGAAAAAGAACAGCAAUAUAUAUAGGGAGUGGAGAGAAAGGGGGAAAUAAGUUGGCGAUGGAGAAAAAUUGGUUAGCACUAAAAGAAAAAUGUUUCCAUUUAUGUCACUCACGGUAGUCUAACUUAUUUUCUCUUGCUAUCCUUCGAAGUUGAAUCGUGCCAACUUCUUUUACUUGCUAAAAUGUGAGAUUAAAUACAACGUUGCUCAGCAAUCAGAGGCGGCCAAUUUUGUUUGCUAGUUGUAGGAUUAAAUCGUACUUUUUGAUUGGUCUCAAGGCCUUUCCUGAAGUUCUUUUUUGCCUUUUCGAUGAUCACAAGUAAGUUUUUAACCACAUUAGCUUACAUUAAAAGGGGUGAUCACCCUCGUUGAAGGUGGUUCACACAGUGUGUAGCAAUGAAAGAGUAAUCGUGUGUGACAAAUGUAUACGAAAUAAAUCAUAUAUGAGAACUGCGGAAAUGAAAUCAAAUGAAGAAUGAUCAUCGCAGUUGUAAACGACGCAAUUAAUUUUAUGCAAUUGCGUAAGAAGCGUGAAAAUAUUCAGGACUUCAACGGGAUUUGAACCCGUGACCUCGCGAUACCGGUAUGACGAUCUAACGAACUUCAUAGCUUAGUUGGUUAGAGCGUCGCACCGGUAUCGCGAGGUCACAGGUCCAAAUCCCGUUGAAGUCCUGAAGUUUUUUCAGGCCUCUUACACAAUUGCAUAAAUUGCGUUCACAACUGCGAGGAUCAUUCUUCAUUUGAAAGAGUAAUCUUGUUGUCCUUUUCUAAUAUUUAGGAAAAGGCUGGGACGAUUUUCACAUUGGUGGACAGCUCAAAGCGAGAGCAUUUAGGGAUGAUGUAAGUACCCUUCUACAUAUACAUAAAAUUUUAGGUCCUACAAAGGGGGAUGCCCAUCACUGUAAGACCUUAAAGAACAAAAUAAUGAACAAAAUUACAUUGAUAAAAUUCAAGAAAAAAAGUUAUCUUCCUCGAUAAAACUGCUUAAAGCAAGUUAAGUACUGUAACUCAAAAUGCUAUGUGCUCUUUGAAGAAAAACGUCAGCGUGUGUACAUUUCAGCAAUUUUUUUUUUCUAUGAAACUUAAGUUUCACUGUACAGUGGACCUUUGACGGUAAGGAAAGCCUUUGUGUUUUAUCGGUGCGUACCUUGCGAUGUCGAAAACCUACUGUGGGCUAACUUUCUGUUUUCAAACCAUUCGAUACAGAAAGCCCAGAAUCUGGGCAAUGAAAGAAGAGAAAUAUACGAUGAAGUCUCGCCAAAAAUCAGGUCUGUGCGAUAUUACAUAUGAGAGGUAUUCGGGAAAACGUUUAACCAAAUGUACAAAGCUUCGUCUGAAGACGCCAUCUUGGUGUCCCUUUGAGAGGCACAGAUAUAGCGGCCGAAAACCAACAGAAACAUCUGUCUUCGAGGCGUGAAUUCAUUACUUGAGUAAAGAAGUGUUUAUUCUGAGACAAGGAAUGUUUAGCAAAAUCUCAAAAACUCCGGGUAACGUUUGUAACCCAGAUAAUAGCUUUCUCUACCAGAAAACGAAUACUCCUUUCGAACCGAAAAUUUGUUUGAAUAAAGAUUUUUAGGUGCUGUAAUACCUCAUAAAAUAAGAGACUUAGAAGAUAAUUCCGUAGUUUGAAUUUUGUUGACGUCAUGUGAAAACCGCGAAUAUUUUAAGCCACAUUUUACGACUUCUACACAUGUAUAACGCACGUGUCUUUUUAAAACAAUUUACGGCAUAAACGUUUGGUUGUUAGGUUUAGUGGCCAGAGAUAAAUUUGUAUAGACCGCAAACUCACUCUUGUGUAAUCUGUCUUUAUCUCAGUGUAAUGAGUGAUGAUCUACAAGGUUCAUUGUCGACAUUUGCUCGUAACCUGUCCGUUAUUCACCAGGAGAUCUCCGCCCCAAACAUGCAAGGGGAAAGUAACUUUCAGGUGAGCUGAUCGUAAAGCAUGCCCCAGUGAUAGACAAAUCUCACGGAAAAAAAUUCUGUUACGCCAAGCUGAAAUGAUAUGUGCAGUCACAUUAAAUUUGAAUGAAAAAGCAAACAAGCAGUGAAUUCUGAUGAAUUCAUCGGGAAAAUGUUCUUUUGGCUCAGUAAUCGUGGCAGCAACGCUUAGAGUUCAUAAUUUAAUCGUUACAUACUACUCAUUAACCGAGAGUGAGAUCAUUACAAGGAAUCUCAGCCCGCAUCCCUGAUGUAUUGACAUCAAGGCUGAAGUCUGAGAUUUCCCUGUAAUGACGGAACAGAUGAGGUCAAUAAGUUAUUUAUUGUAUGGCCUUUUCAUCAUGGGCCUGAGCCUGCGAUCAAUUAAAACCAACAACUGGUCAGUGGAUAACUUAAAAAACCCGUCACCUGAAUGAGUUUUACCACAGGUAGCCCAAGCUCGAAAUAUGAGCAUCUUCGAACAUCGGCAUUGUUGCCUAGCAUUCCAGAUAUAAGGAUUUGUAUGAGGAAAAAACGUAUCAUUUCUGUAACUGAGGAAAAUGAAAGGAUUUCAAAAAAGGAAAAGCUUACCUUACAUAAAAUGUGCGUUACACCUCUCUUGUGUGGUCCUUGGGCCGAUUUAUGGCCGUUUUAUCGGUUGUGCUGUAAACGGUUUUCUCUCUCAUAUAUGUAGAGAGAAAACCGUUUACAGCACAACCCAUUUAACGGCCAUAAAUCGGCCCAAGGACCACACAAGAGAGAUUAACACACAUUUGAGAUAAGGUAAGCCAUUUUUUAUUGAAAUCCUUUCAUUUUCCUAGGUUACAGAAACGAUAGGUUUUUUCCUCAAACAAAUCCUUAUAUUUAGAAUGUUACGCAACAAUGCCGAUGCUCGCCGAUGCUCAUAUUUCUAGCUUGGGCUACUUGUGGUUUUACACUUAAGCCCGCGAUACAGUCAGGUGUUACCAGUCAGCGGAUACCCUUUUUGACAGCUGUCAAUCGACCAUAGCUUGGAUGUCCAUAAGGAUGUCCACUGUCAAGUUAAACACAGGUUGUAUAUGCCUUGGACACAGAUAGCUAGUAUUAAAUGCCCGGUCAUUACAAGAAUUAGAGCGCGCGUACUAUUGUAGCCAUAUACAUAAUUUAGUAUAAUUAAAAUUUUUAACCUAAACACUCCUCAGCCUGCCAUUGAUGAUAUUGACUCCAUUUUGGGUACCACGGAGGAGAAUAAACAGAAUCCAACCACCCCUCCCUCGAAAACGCCUCAGCUACAUGCACCACGGCCCAAAGAAAUGCAGCGAAUUCUACAAGAACACCACCAACAAAUGCACACCAUUGAAAAGGAUAAGAAAGAAAUGGAAGAAGAGAAGGAGAAGCAAAGAUUAGCAGAGGAACAGAAGAAAUCGACUCCAGUUGAGGAGAGGGUACAGACCGGGCAAAGCAGUGCUCCUCCCCCCUCCCCUGCGGUAGCCUUGUCACCCAUUGGCUCCACAGGAGUUCUUGAUGAGACCAGGCCUACCUCUGGUACCAGCCGCAGGGGAUCAAACGCAGCAGGUCCAAGCACGGAUAAUCUUAAUACCUCGGGGCCUUCUGAUGCCUCAUCGAAUAAUAAUGUAGUAGAAAAGAACCACGAAGUUACCAAGGAAACAGGACAACCCAAAGAGAAAGUUUUGGAGGAAAGUAACAGCGAAUCCGUGGCCGAGUCACCUGGCCCUGUAUCACAGGAAGAUAAGAGCCGGGCAAGACCCUCUUCCGUCAAAAGCACUCCUGAUUCAACGAAAAAAAGUACAACAUUAUUCCCUAGAGAGGGUGCCAGUGUUAAACGAUCGUCUUCGGCCAAAGAUUAAUUUCACACGUUAUACAUUCGUAUGUGAAAUGUAGUUUUUGCGAAGAACAAUUUGAGAAAACUGCAAAGGAGGACGAGCUUUGACCUAUUUACCCAAUGUGGUCAAGAACCACACACCACAAACAUUGCAUGCAUUUCGAAGUUGAGAGUCAGACAGCUUUAUUUAAAUUCUGUAAAUAUGAGUG